CAAAGGGCUCGUCGGCCUGGCGGAGGCGAAGAAGGGCGGGGCGCCGAAGUCUGAAGGAGACUCUGUCUCCGGCCUUGCUCCAGGAGACUACGGUCGGUGGGGCUUCGAUACACUCCAUGCGCAAGAUGCUGGCCGCUCUCUCCCGCCUACUGCAAGGUCCUGCCGCCCAGAAAACGGGAGCUGUUAGUGAGGUUGCCCGUGUGGUUGUCACUUCUCGUAAUUAUGCAGAUUUUGCAAAUGAGGCUACAUUUGAUAUUAAGAAACAUGACCUCCAUCGUUUGGAAGAGGGUCCUCCCACUACAGCUGUAAUGACUCGAGAACAAGGUCUCCAAUAUUAUAAGACUAUGCAGACUAUUCGGCGCAUGGAACUGAAAGCCGACCAGCUGUAUAAGCAAAAGAUUAUUCGGGGUUUCUGCCAUUUGUAUGAUGGCCAGGAAGCUUGCUGUGUUGGACUUGAGGCAGCCAUAAAUCGAACAGAUCAUUUGAUCACUGCCUACCGGGCUCAUGGCUUUACAUACACACGUGGUAUUCCAGUUCGAGAAAUUCUUGCUGAACUCACAGGUCGGAUAGGUGGUUGUGCUAAAGGCAAAGGUGGCUCAAUGCAUAUGUAUGCCAAAAACUUCUAUGGUGGUAAUGGUAUUGUUGGUGCCCAGGUUCCUUUGGGAGCUGGUAUCGCUUUGGCGUGUAAGUAUUUUGGGAAUGAUGAGAUCUGUGUGACAUUAUACGGUGAUGGUGCUGCGAAUCAGGGUCAAAUAUUUGAAACUUUUAAUAUGGCAGCCUUGUGGAAGCUGCCAUGCAUUUUUAUCUGUGAGAACAAUAGAUACGGGAUGGGUACUUCUGUAGAGAGAGCUGCAGCCAGUACAGAUUAUUACAAAAGAGGAGACUUUAUUCCAGGUCUUAGGGUUGAUGGCAUGGAUAUUCUUGCUGUAAGAGAAGCGACAAAAUUUGCUGCUGACCACUGCAGAGCAGGAAAAGGUCCUAUUGUGAUGGAGCUACAGACGUAUCGUUAUCAUGGGCAUAGUAUGAGUGAUCCUGGAAUCAGUUACCGAACAAGAGAAGAAAUUCAAGAAGUAAGAAGCAAAAGCGAUCCUAUUACACUCUUGAAGGACAGAAUGGUGAACAACAACUUAGCUAGUGUGGAGGAGCUCAAGGAGAUGGAUGUGGAAGUAAGAAAAGAGAUUGAGGAUGCAGCACAAUUUGCCACAACUGAUCCCGAACCACCUCUGGAAGAAUUAGGCAAUCAUAUCUAUUAUAAAGAACCACCCUUUGAAGUGCGUGGUCCCAAUCAGUGGAUUAGGUACAAAUCUGUUGGCUAAGGGAAUUCUAAUUCAGCAGCCACUUAAACUGAUAGAUGUUAUUUUGGAGUUUUAACCGUUACAUCUGUUCUAAGGGAUAAAAGCCAGAGAAGUUUUUUGGUCACAAAAUUUUAAGGAUGGUGGGGAAAAGAAAAAUUACAUGGAAUUCUGAAAGAAAGCUGUGCAAGAUGUAAAUUAAACAAAGUUUAUUAAGUUUCAGUGUGUUAUGCAUUGCUGUAUGAUGAAAAUUACACAGCUAAAAUGACAUUAUUUACAUUAAUAAAAAUGGCUCAUCAAGUUUUUCUGA